CGCCUCCCACCGCCCGCCCGUCCAUCUCCCAGCCAGCAGCUAGUCCGUUCGACACCCGCCACCGUCGCCAAAGUAUGAGUCGAGGAGGAAAAUUGGCCCCGGAAGUCAACCGAGCUCUCUUCGUCAAGAACCUGAGCUUCAACGUCACCCCAGAGGAACUCUUCGAUCUCUUUGGCAAGUUCGGCCCUGUGCGCCAGAUCCGCCAGGGUAUCGCCAACCACAGCAAGGGCACCGCCUUUGUCGUUUAUGAAGACGUAAUGGACGCAAAAUCGGCCUGCGACAAGCUCAACGGCUUCAACUUCCAGAACCGAUACCUCGUCGUACUAUAUCACCAGCCAGACAAGAUGCUCAAGGCUGCGAAUGAUCUUGCCGAACGCCAAGAAAACCUAGAAAAACUGAAAAAACAACAUGGCAUUGACUAGGGGUGCGAGAGGCCUCAGGAACAGGUGAUAUCACGCGAGCAAAGCAAAGACAAGACUCCUGUGGGCCUCAAGACCGAUAGCGUAAUCUCAAAUCGUUCUUCGAGUCGUGGCGACGAACCGCGCUCUACCUCAACGUCGACGGAUUCGACCUUGGCGGAAAAGACCGACGCUCCUUCCUCGAUUUCUCCGACCCCCGUCUGCCGCCAUGGCGACUGGCGCACUCUGAAACAAUCGCUCAAGGGCCUAUGGAAGUCGGCUCACGGCGUUAAGAGUUCGUGAUAGGGUUACGAUCCAUGGCAGAUUGCUGCAUUUUCUUAGAGUGGGAUCUCUCGUCAGGAUAGCUGGUGACGAACAGGCCGGGUCGAACAGAUUGCAACAGGCCUCAGCUUCCAUUUCUUAACAUAUCCAACGGUCGGCAAGCUUAAGCGCCCGAG